ACCUUUUGUACCUUAAUUCAAAAUGACUCUUGCUGUAAAGGGAGAAUACCUGAAUACGGGGUUUGUGCCUGACUGUACCAUUGACGUUAAAAGACGCGAGGCGAAGGAGAAUGAGAGCAGAGGACUGUACGACCCCUACGCCCACCGCAAAGUUUCACAUCCCACAACAAACUGGGAGACCCUAAUUCAUCUUCUCAAAGGAAGCUGUGGCACAGGCAUACUGGCGAUGCCAAAGGCGAUCAGCAACUCUGGGUACGUGAUCGGAACAAUCGGCACCUUCGCCAUAGGAUUCAUUUGCACAUACUGUAUACACCUGCUGAUAAACUGCGAGUACGAGCUCUGCAAGAGGAGAAAGGUUCCUAGCUUGACCUACCCAGGAAUCGCAGAGGAGGCACUAGCCGAAGGUCCAAAACCGUUACGCAAACUCGCAUCGUACGCAGGGCACUUCGUGAACGUCUUCUUACUAAUCUACCAGUUCGGAACGUGUUGCGUUUACAUUGUCUUCAUCGGCGUGAACAUCCAGGCCGUUGCCAACCAGUACGUGACCGAAAUCGCGGUCGAGUACUACAUGUUGAUGAUCCUACUGCCGCUGAUCCUGGUGAACUGGAUACGCAACCUGAAAACGCUGGCCCCUCUUUCGACCUUUGCGAAUUUCAUAACGGUCGGAAGCUUCGCAAUCGUUCUGUACUACCUCUUCACGACCGGGUUCACGUUUGAGGAUCGCGAAGCUGUCGCCAACGUGAAAACCCUCCCACUUUUCUUCGGCACGGUCCUCUUCUCGCUCGAAGCGAUCGGCGUGAUUAUACCAUUGGAAAACGAAAUGAAGUCUCCCAAAUCGUUUGGAAGCGCUUUCGGGGUACUCAACGUAGGAAUGGGCUCUAUUGUGCUGCUGUACGCGGUGAUCGGCCUCUUGGGCUACUUGACUUAUGGUUCCUCGGUGGAAGGAUCCAUCACGUUAAGCUUGCCAAAGGAAGAUGUGGCGGCUCAAGUUUGUAAACUAGCAUUAGCACUUGCUAUGUUCCUCACCUAUACCGUACAGUACUACGUUGCCAUCGACAUCACGUGGACCCAAUAUUUGGGUACCUUGUUUGAGGAUAACCGGAGGAAGAGGGUGUACGAGUACGGGGCUAGAACGAUACUGGUUUUACUGACAUUCGUUCUGGCAGUAUCAGUACCAGCACUAGAUCUGUUCAUCUCAUUUUUUGGAGCUUUAUCUCUUUCCUUAGUCGGAAUUGCCGUACCGGCAAUGAUCGAAACCUGCACGUUUUGGUAUCAUAGGCAAGGGUGGCGUUUUUACUUCAUGGUGAUAACAAAUGUGUCGCUAAUCGCGUUUAGCCUUUUAGGAUUGGUCGCCGGAACGUUUACUAGUUUAAGUGAAAUUAUUUAUACUUUCUCGAAUAAAAGUUGA